AUGCGGCCCUUCGCCAGAGCGGCACUCUGCCUAUUGGCAGCAGCUGGACAUCUUGCCCAGGCCCAAUUCCCUCCCAGGCCGGAGGGAGUCACCGUUCUGGAAUCGAAGUUUGGCGGCGGUGCUCGCAUCAGCUACAAGGAGCCUGGUCUCUGCGAGACGACAGAGGGAGUCAAGUCCUAUGCUGGAUAUGUCCACCUACCCCCAGGCACGCUCAAGGACCUCGGUGUGGAGCAGGACUAUCCCAUCAACACUUUCUUCUGGUUCUUUGAAGCAAGGAAGGAUCCUGAAAAUGCGCCCUUGUCCAUCUGGAUGAACGGUGGCCCAGGGAGCUCGUCGAUGUUUGGGAUGAUGACAGAGAACGGGCCCUGCUUCGUCAACCCAGACUCCAACUCGACCCGGCUCAACCCUCAUUCAUGGAAUAAUGAAGUUAAUAUGCUCUAUCUGGACCAGCCAGUGCAAGUCGGCCUGUCUUACGACACCCUCGCUAAUUUCACCAGAAACCUGGUCACCGACGAGAUCACCAAGCUGGAACCCGGAGACCCAAUUCCUGAGCAGAAUGCUACGUUCCUGGUGGGCACUUAUGCCAGCCGCAAUAUGGACACCACGGCCAAGGGAACCCGCAAUGCUGCCAUUGCUCUCUGGCACUUCGCACAGGUAUGGUUCCAGGAGUUCCCAGGCUACCAUCCCCGAGACUCUAGGAUCAGCAUCGCUACUGAAUCUUACGGUGGUCGCUACGGCCCAGCCUUUACAGCCUUCUUCGAGGAACAGAACCAGAAGAUAAAGGAUGGUACGUGGAAUGGGAGCGAAGGCAACAGGCAUGUGCUACACCUCGACACUCUCAUGAUCGUCAAUGGCUGCAUCGACCGACUGGUCCAGUGGCCAGCAUACCCGCAGAUGGCGUAUAACAACACAUACAGCAUCGAAGCUGUCAACGCUAGCAUCCAUGAAGGAAUGUUGGAUGCUCUCUACCGAGAAGGUGGUUGCCGUGACAAGAUCAACCAUUGUCGCUCUAUCUCUGCCGUCUCCGACCCGGAAAACAUUGGUAUCAAUGCAAUGGUCAAUGAUGUCUGCAAAGAUGCAGAGACCUUCUGCUCUACCGAAGUGCGCGACCCAUACCAGGAAUUCUCGGGCCGAAACUACUACGACAUCGGACAGCUUGAUCCGAGCCCGUUCCCAGCGCCUUUCUACAUGGCAUGGUUAAAUCAGCCACAUGUGCAAGCAGCGCUUGGUGUGCCACUCAACUGGACCCAGUCGAAUGAUGUCGUGACCACCGCGUUCCGUGCCAUUGGCGACUACCCACGGCCGGGCUGGCUGGAGGAUCUGGCGUACCUACUUGAGAACGGCAUCAAGGUCUCGCUCGUCUACGGCGACCGGGAUUAUGCCUGCAAUUGGUUUGGUGGCGAACUGUCAAGUCUGGCGAUUAACUACACUGAUACACAGAACUUCCACAAUGCUGGAUAUGCUGGAAUUCAGGUCAACAGCAGCUAUAUUGGUGGCCAGGUGAGGCAGUACGGCAAUCUCUCGUUCUCCCGUGUCUACGAAGCCGGUCAUGAGGUACCAAGCUACCAGCCUGAGACCGCCCUGCAGAUUUUCCACCGUGCGCUGUUCAACAAGGACAUUGCCACAGGCACCAUCGAUACAUCCUCCCGCAGAGAGGACGGUAAGUUCUACGGCUCCUCGGGCCCUUCGGACUCGUUUGUGUUUAAGAACGAGCCACCACCGCAGCAUGUGCACUUCUGCCACAUUCUUGAUACCAGUACCUGCACAAAGGAGCAAAUUGAGUCUGUCGAGAAUGGUACCGCCGUCGUUCGAAGCUGGAUCGUGGUUGAUUCCAACUCAACCUCCUUAUUCCCCGAGGUGGUGGGCUCGGCUGAGCCCACUCCUAUGCCUGGAGCUGCGUUAGUUUCUGGUAGGAUCAAGUUUCAUGUUCAUGUUAUCAAGUCUUUCGACUACUACAUCUUUAUAUAA